AUGGAGCUUUCAAACUUUGGCUUAUCCAUAUCAAGGUCAAUUUUCUGUAUUUAUAUCUAUGUAAUAGUUGCAUGUUGCUUGAGCUUGAUGCAUGCAAGUUUGCCUACCAUUGUAGCCACCUCCAGGCUUGGAGGGAAUGAGACAGAUCGACUUGCACUGUUGGCCUUCAAGGCCAAAAUAACCAAUGACCCUCUUCAGGUUUUGAGUUCAUGGAAUGGUUCCAUUCCCUUCUGCCAGUGGCAUGGUGUCACCAGUGGUCGCCGACACAAAAGGGUCACCAAAUUAGACCUAAGCUUUGAAAAAGAAAUCCCUCCAGAGCUUGUUCGUGUACGUAGACUACAAAUUUUAGGCCUAAACAAUAACACAAUAAGUGGCCGAAUUCCUGCCAAUUUAUCUGCUUGCUCUAACCUCUAUGACUUGUAUUUGGAAUUCAACAAUCUGGUAGGGCCAAUCCUUGUGGAGCUGGGCUCCUUGUCAAAGCUCCGGAGUAUUUAUGUUAAGCAUAAUAACCUAACGGGAAUUUUACCUCAUUCAUUCAUGAACGUAUCAUCUCUUGAGAUACUUUCUGCAUUCGGAAAUAAUAUUGGUGGGCGUGUCCCUUAUGCACUUGGCCAACUUACAAACAUAGGAAUAAUUUCACUAGGAAGCAAUAGGUUGUAUGGUACCAUCCCUCCUUCAAUCUUCAAUCUCUCUUCUCUGACAAUUUUCGAUGUGUUUCAAAAUAAGCAAAUUAUAGGUAGCCUUCCCUCUGACAUAGGCAUCACUCUUCCUAAUAUUCAGUUCUUUAGCAUUGGUGAAAACAAAUUUACUGGAUCUAUUCCUACCUCAAUAUCCAAUGCAUCGAAUCUGGAAGUGUUAUUGCUCAAUGUAAAUAAUUUUGCUGGACAGGUGCCUACAAUGGAGAGACUGCAUAAGCUGAAUGUUAUAAAUUUAGGCAUCAAUUAUCUUGGAAGUGGGGAAACUGAAGACUUCAACUUUUUGUCCUCUUUGACCAAUGCCACCAAUUUAAGGGUGUUUAUUUUGGACAGUAACAAUUUGGAGGAAUGCUUCCCAAAUCCAUCAGCAACUUCUCAUCCAAGCUUGAAUUAUUUAGUGUAG